AGCCAUGCAGUGAUUGAUAGUUUGGAUCAUCCAAUCAUCAUGCCAAGUAGGCCACAUCAUGGAUGAGCUAGAGAGGGAGUCAAGGGGGUUUUCUGGUUCGUCUUGGUCCACCAUUCUCCAUUUACUGUCAGUCAUCAAAAACGCAUCGACCGUGCGUAAACAUGCUAGCUCGGUCCAUCAAUUGGACGGUCCACAUACAAAGAUCAAAUUGCACUAAUCAACGGUUUCUAGGAUUGAAAUAAUUUACUAGAUGGAAGCCCGUCCUUGUUGGACCAUGAUGAACGGUAUGCAAUGAUUUACAGUUUUGACAGGGUGCGGCCCGUGCUUCGGUAAAUCCAGACCAUUGUUCCGUUUGCAUCUCUCCAGGCAUAACCAUUGUUCCUGGCCGUUGAUAUUGGGACCAGUUCUUUUCAGUUGAAACGUGAACCGUUGUUGUGUCUUUCCCUUCGUAACUGUCUAUGUAUCUGUAGGGCACGAAUCGAAAGGCUCAGAUUGUCCUAUAAUCGGGGAUUUCUUUGGAGCAUCAUGUGGCCCACUUUUUAUUUUCAAACGACUCGGGUCGGGUAUCUACUGGCCAACAGAAGUUUGAAAAUUGCUACCGUUUCAGGACCUAAAACACUGCUUAUCUAAACCAUGAUCACCAACCAUUCGAUAAAAUUCCUCACCCAAGAAGUACUCCUGCAAUUACUCACAUGUUGAAGCGUUUGAGUAAACACCUCCCUUCCAGAGCUCUUGAAACCCUCCACAACCUGCUCCGAUUGGGCUGGUCAGACGAUAUCGACCAUGUCGCCAUCUCGAUCGCUCUGAAAUGCUUCCGUGGAGAUCUGUGUUCUGGUACUCAAAUCCAUGCCAUCACAAUCUCAUCUGGUCUUGAUUCGUAUGUCUCUGUUUCUAAUUCCCUCAUGAACAUGUACUCCAAGUCCAGGCAAUUCGAUCAAGCGCUUGUGAUCUUUGAGGCGUUAUCUAAUCGGGAUAUUGUUUCUUGGAACACCAUUCUCUCAGGCUUCCAUCAGAGUGACGAUGCAUUGGGAUUCAUGCUCCGAAUGUGUCAAGCAGGCAUUGGCUUUGAUGCCGUGACUUACACUACCGCUCUAGCCUUCUGUGCGGAGGUUGGAGAGCUCAAUUUUGGAUUGCAAUUGCAUUCACUUGUAUUGAAAUCUGGAUUUGAUUCAGAAACAUUUGUUGGCAAUGCACUUAUAUCAUUUUAUGCAAGGUAUCACUGUCUCAAUGAAGCGAAAAGAGUGUUUGAUGAAAUGUCCAAUAGAGAUUUGGUUUCUUGGAAUGCUUUGAUUUCUGGUUACACACAAGAAGGGGACUACGAGCUAGAAGCAAUUUGGGUCUUUGUUGAAAUGUUGAAAGAGGGGAUGGAACUCGACCACGUCUCUUUCGCGAGUGUGAUAUCAGCUUGUGGCCAUGAAAGAAGCUUAGAUCUUGGAAGGCAAAUACAUGGGUUAGCAUUAAAAGCAGGGUAUGGAAUCCACGUUUCUGUUUCGAACGUUCUCUUGUCAAUGUAUUCAAAGUGUGAAAUUGCCAAAGACGCGAAGGUGGUUUUUGAAAACAUGGUCGAACGGAAUGUCGUCUCCUGGACGACGAUGAUCUCUAUAGAUGAGGGAAAUGCGGUUUCACUCUUCAAUGAGAUGCGACGGGAUGGGGUUUAUCCGAAUGAUGUGACGUUUGUUGGAUUAGUCCCUGCUGUUUCCACCGAGAAUUCGGUGAAAGAUGGCCAAAUGAUUCAUGUGUUUUGCUUAAAAACUGGUUUCUUGUCAGAAGUGAAUGUCUCUAACUGUUUGAUUACCAUGUAUGCAAAAUUCAAGUCCAUGGAAGAGUCUAAAAGGGUCUUUGAUGAACUGAAUUAUAGAGAGAUUGUUUCUUGGAAUGCUUUGAUUUCCGGCUAUGCUCAAAAUGGACUAUGUCAAGAAGCUUUACAGACCUUCUCUUUUAUGAUAUUGGAAGAGAAGCCAAACCAAUUCACUUUUGGCAGCAUCCUCAGUUCAAUUGCCUCUGCUGAAGCUGUGUCCCUGAUGCAUGGCCGACAGUCCCACUGCUGGACAAUCAAGCUAGGCCUGAACACUGAUGAGGUCGUCUUGGGUGCGCUUGUCCAUAUGUAUGCCAAACGGGGGAGCAUCACAGAAUCUCAACUGGUGUUUGAUGAGGUACCUCAGAGAAGCCUAGUGGCAUGGACUGCAAUCAUCACGUCCCACGCUAUGCAUGGGGAUUAUGAAUCUGUGAUGAGUUUGUUUAAAAGGAUGGAAAGGGCCAGAGUGCAGCCUGAUUCAAUCACGUUCCUUGCUGUACUCACAGCUUGUAGCCGCAGGGGGAUGGUCGACGUGGGUUGUCAAGUAUUCAAUUCGAUGGUCAGAGAUCAUCUGAUCGAGCCAUCCGCAGAGCAUUUUUCCUGUAUGGUGGAUAUGUUGGGCCGGGCAGGGCAGCUUGAGGAGGCUGAGGAAUUUAUGAAGCGGAUGCCAACAGGGCCCAGUUUGUCUGCAUUGCAAAGUCUGCUUGGAGCUUGUAGGAUACAUGGGAAUGUGGAGAUGGGCAAGAGGGUAUCUGAUGCUUUGAUGGAGAUGGGGCCCAUGGAGUCUGGGGUAUAUGUAUUGAUGUCCAACAUCUAUGCUGAGAAAGGGGAGUGGGAGAAGGUGGCAAAGAUAAGGAAAGGGAUGAGAGAGAGGGGGGUGAAGAAGGAGGUUGGGUGCAGUUGGGUGGACAUGGUCCACGUUGAUGGUGCCAUGCAUAUGCAUGGAUUCACGUCCGAUGAUCGGUCACAUCCAAGGGCCGAGGAGAUAUGUAGGAUGGUGGAGUGUUUGGGACUAGAAAUGAGAUUUUUGGAGAGAAGGGGAUUCUGAGUGGUCUUUUGAAACCAACAGCCUUAAAAACCAAUUUUGAGAUUCCUUGAAAUCGUGUACUCACUAAUUUUGAUUCCUCAAAAUCUCAUUGGACUUCCGUAUCCCUAUUAGCAAAAUUCCAUCGAUUUCAGCUACUUAGAGUUGGAUCUUAGUGAAAGGAGACAAAGGCGGGAAGAAGAAAAAGAUUCAAGCAGUUCUUUUAUAAACUCAGAUUUUCAGGUUAAAAACAUGGGUGUUGAAUUUUGGUGUCAGUCAUCCAAAUGGGACAAAUGGAAACCAAAUUCGAUUCCGACAGGUGACAUGAUCCAGGGAGUUUCAGUUCUGAUUUACAUCCAAACAGAAAUGAGAGUGUUGGGCAUCCAAACAGGAGAAAACGGAAACCAAAUUCACCUCCCCAGAGAUGAUGGAGUUUCAUUUUUGAAGUACAUCCAAACAGUUGGUCCCUAUUUGGAUUGGUGGAAUCCAAAAAGUAACCGUGGAAAAGAAAACAUUCUCCACGGACCAGACUAACCUGAUUUUCAGCCCAGGUCAUCUACAUCAUGUGUCCCCUUCAUAUACAGCUCGGAUGCCCUCCACAGGCACAGGUUAAGAAGAGAUUACUCGAUGAGCUGGGCUCAUGUGAUCAUGUGUAGAGGUGUGUGGAGGGGCAGGCAAACCUCAAUCUAUGAGAUUAGAUGGAUUAGAAAUCCUAUAUUACACAAUGCACUGAAA